CGAAUAAUUAGAGUUGUCAGUUCUUUACAGAAAGAGAAAGCCAUCUUUGGUCGAGCGAGCGAUUGGAAGCCGGCGGCAGGGAAAAGGGGAGGCCACGGAAUAGGAGGCGAUGGGGAAGAAGGCGAAGAAGCCCGGGAGGGGGAAGGAGAAGACGGAGAGGAAGACGGCGAAGGCGGAGGAGAAGCGCGCCCGCAGGGACAGCAAGAAAGUCUCCGAGGAGGACGACAUCGACGCCAUCCUCAAAAGCAUUCAGAAGGAGGAGGCGAAGAAGAAGGAGGUUCACGUCGAGGAGAACGUGCCCGCUCCGUCGCCGCGAUCCAACUGCUCGCUGACGAUUAAUCCUUUGAAAGAUACAGAAUUGAUUUUGUAUGGUGGAGAGUUUUAUAAUGGCAAAAAGACUUGUGUUUAUGGUGAUCUUUAUCGCUAUGAUGUAGAGAAAAAAGAAUGGAACUUAAUAUCAAGUCCGAAUAGUCCGCCUCCUCGUAGUGCUCACCAAGCAGUUGCUUGGAAAAACCAUGUAUACAUCUUUGGCGGCGAAUUCACUUCCCCCAAUCAGGAACGUUUCCACCACUAUAGGGAUUUUUGGAUGUUGGAUCUAAAAACAAAUCAAUGGGAACAAUUACAAAUAAAAGGAUAUCCGAGUGCUCGUUCGGGACAUAGGAUGGUACUGUACAAGCACAAAAUUAUAGUUUUUGGCGGCUUCUAUGACACUCUUAGAGAAGUCAGGUCAGCUUGCACAUGUAGAUCAUUUGAUCAGAACAUUGUAAUUACAUAAUAUUAUACAAACAUAAUGGGCUUGUUAUCUUAGCAAUUGGUACUCUUAGCUACUGGGGGCUCACUGUUAGAGUUAAAAUUUUCUAGAUCAAGAAGAAAAUGCUUUUUAUGUAGAUUGCUCUUGAGUUCAACUUCAUUUGCUGAAUAUGCCUGCAUGACACACUGAAUCUAUCUUGCACUUUUGCAUUCACAAUUUUUUGGGAAUAGGUUACUGUAUGUUUGUUCCAGGUCCUUAAAAUGUUCUAAGCCUGAACCAGGAAUGUCUCAAGAAACUUUGCUUAAAGACAGUCAAGGGAACUUUACUUAUGAGCUGAUUCAUUUAUCAUGUUCUUUCAAUUAAUCAUUAGAAUCAAAUUCCUUCCAGAUAAAAGCCUGUGAGUCUUGAACAUGUGAAUUAAAAUCAUGCUUCUGUUUAGUAUUGAUUCUAUUUGUUAAAACUGCAGUAGUAUGGCAGCGUGUGAGACUACCAGAUUGAUAGUCAUUUCCUCACAGAUUUUGGUGACAUCAUCUACUAUUCUUUCAUUAUUUGUGUUAUUCUUAUUCCUUUCCACAUGUGCUAGGAAUAGUGUAGCCCAUCAAAUGAACAAAUCAUUUAAUUGCAUGUGCUUUUAUGAAAUCCUACAUUCAUUUGGAUUUCAUUUUUAAUUAAUUACACCUCAUUCAUUGUGUUACAAUUUUAGUUCUUUUGUCUUCUAACGUUGAUCAUAUUGGCAUACUCUCUUUUAGCCUUUGUUAAUUAAGAAACGUACGGAGAUAGCAAGCUCACAUUGUUGUAGAUAACCAGCUAGAAUAUCACUAUGUUGUGCUUAACUUGGUCCAAGUUUUUAUUCAAUCUAAGCCAGAUAAUAAUUUAGGCAUAGUUUUGUUUAGGUUUGAAAUUUGCCAUUUGACGUGAUGGAGUUCCAGAGAUAUCAAGCUUGCAUUGUUGUAGAUAAUCUCUAUGUGGAUUUAACCAUUUUGUGGCUAACUUAUUGGCAUGUGUUUCUUUCUGUUCACUUUGGUAGUUAUGUGAGUUUAAACUUGAAAAUAAGUAGGACUCCUGGAGUAUAGACCAAAUAAGUGGAGCAUUUUGAGUAACUGGUGCAUUUUGUUUACUAGAAUCAGGAGAAAGGGUGAAGGUUAGAAAGGUUAAAGGUUAAUCAAAGAAGUAUUGCCAAUAUAUGGCCAAAAAUAGGCAGCGAGCAUUUCUAUUUAUCUAUUUAGUUAUUUAAAAUGAUGGGAUUAUCGAGAAGUAUGUAAGACAUCAAAUAAAUGUGGGAUCCCGUGUGUGCCCUUUGUGAUAGUUAGAUACCUUGGGAACUUUCAGGUCAAGUUUUAUACAUUGUCUAUAUGCCCACUUUGCUUUAUGCAAAUAGAAUGUUUCACCUUAACGAUCUAUAAGCCCACUUUGCUCUAUGCAGUAGUCAUUAACAAACAACGUGCACACAGAGCAAUUGUAGUUGAGAUGAGAAUGUUUUAUUUGGUAAGUAUGUAUGGUAUGGUAGAAUUAGGAAUGAAGAUGCUCACUGUGAGGUAGGAGUGACUUCCGAUGGAGGUUUUUCAAAGAUAAUACCCAUAUAUGAUGUGGUGAUUAAAGUCCCCAAGUCUAUAUGAGGAAGGCAAGCCAAGCGUAUGAUGUGAGAAGAGGUAGACGGGGGUACAAAUGACAUGACUGGAAGUUAGGCAAGAUAUAAUUCCACUUUGUUUGGGAGAGGGCAUAGCUCAAGAUGACAAUAGUAAAGAAGAUCCAUUUGACUGAUCACAUGCAGUUUCUUUUGAUGAUUCAUAUGGCUAACCCAACCUGGCAUGAAAGGGAGGCCACAACUAAUUGAAUCAAAUAUCGUUACGUUGCGGAAGUAACAUGUCUCGUUUUUUCCUUGCUUCAAAAUUCACUUGAAUAAAUGGAUACCACUCAAAACUUAUGCUUGCUUUGUCUCAUUUCCA